UGAUAACAUUUAUCGCAGCAAUGGCUCUGACGUGUUGGGAGAAGCUAGCAGUGGUGGUAGUUGCGGCUGUGGGUCUGCGGAUCGUCGUCAGAUUGACGGUCUUCACCUGGAAGAAGUUGAUAGCACCGGCUCUGGGUUGUGGAAUCGAUCUUGCCAGCCAGGGGAGAUGGGCAGUGGUAACUGGAGCUACUGAUGGUCUUGGGAAAGCUUAUGCCCAGGCCCUGGCUGCCAAGGGACUGGACAUUGUCCUGGUGUCUAGGUCGCUGCCGAAAUUAGAGACUGUUGCUAAGGAAAUUCGGGAUCAGUACAAAGUGGAGACGAGGAUUGUCGAGGCUGAUCUCACUGAGGGACAACCAGUGUACGCGAAAAUUGCGAAGACCAUUGAAGAACUUGAGGUGGGUGUCCUGGUGAAUAAUGCGGGAACGAGUUACGAUCACCCAGAAAUUUUCACAAAUGUAUCAGAGGAGACAAUUGCAAGGAUACUGCAGUUGAACGUUGCAGGUGUAACCGGAGUAGCUCGAGCAGUCUUUCCAGGAAUGAUGGAGAGAAGGAAAGGAGUGAUUAUUAAUAUCAGUUCGACAUCAGCGACAAUCCCAAGUCCCUAUCUAUCAGUCUACGCAGCGAGUAAGGCAUUCGUGGAUAAACUCAGUGCAGACCUCGCUGCUGAGGGUAAACCUCGAGGAGUUACUGUGCAAUGUGUCCUCCCGGGUCCUGUGGCCACGAAAAUGUCAAAAAUCAAGAAAGCAACAUGGAUGGCUCCCAGUCCUGAGAAAUUUGUGGAAUCUGCACUAAAAACUGUGGGAAUAGAGUCUAGAACUACUGGGUAUCCCCCUCACUGUUUGAUAAUCGGUUUUGUCAACGGACUUCGCUGUGUUUGUGAGAAGGGCGCCAUUUGGCUAGUGUCUAGAACAAUGUUGAAUAUUCGAGGUCGUGCACUACGACGAAAGAAGGAAAAAAGUGAAGUCGAGGAAGAAAUUACAGAAUUACCCAGACGAGGUGAAAUUCCGAUCGAAUAAACAAUUCAUCGCCAAUGCUCAAUGUUUUUUGUUUACUCCUACGAUUUUUUUUUUCUUCUGCAUUAGUCAUAAUUGUACAUUAAUAAAUUAAGUAUUUUUAUCUGACUAUUGACAAAAUCUCGAAUAAAGUAAAAUUAUUCAGAAAAAGCA